CAGCCAGUCUAUGGUGCACGCCUUGGAAGUGAAGGUAUAAACUUGGAUCUAACGGUUGGCAAAAUGGACGGAGGUCCUCCAGAUCAUGAUCCAGAUCCAGCGGAGAUAUUGGAGGGUAGGCUUCAGGGCUUUUUCCCAGCCUUGGAUGAAGAAGAAGAUAAGAAGAAGUCACUAUGGAUGGGUGGAGUGCUGGACUGCUUCACUACCGUGUUCUCCUUAUUUACUCAAAGUGACCAAAAGCCUCAAGAAGAAGAAUGGGACAUACCCUACGAGAAGUUGUCGGGGCUGGUGUACUUAGGCGCUGGAGCCCAAGGCACCGUGUUCGGCGGCCAAUAUCGCGGCGAACUGGUGGCAGUCAAACAGCUUCGCGACAAAAAUGAUUGCAACAUUAAACACCUUCGCAAGCUGAACCACGAAAAUAUCGUGCAAUUCAAAGGUAUAAGUACUGAUGGGCCUUCUUCCUGCAUCAUAAUGGAGUUUUGCCAGUAUGGGCCUCUAUUUGAAUAUAUACAUAGCGGAUCCAGCUUUUUGCCCUCUCAGAUCUUGAAGUGGGCCAAAGAAAUCGCCCAGGGAAUGGCGUAUUUACACAGUCACAAGAUUAUCCAUAGGGACUUGAAGUCUCCCAACGUACUGAUUGCGGAUAACCUUGUAGUAAAAGUAAGUGAUUUCGGCACCAGUCGCGAGUGGAAUGAUGUAAGUGCCGUGAUGAGUUUUACGGGAACAGUGGCUUGGAUGGCCCCCGAAGUGAUCAGGCACGAACCUUGUUCAGAACGGGUCGACGUAUGGUCGUAUGGCGUUGUGCUCUGGGAACUCCUCACACAAGAGGUCCCGUAUAAAAAUCUAGAGACACAUGCCAUAAUGUGGGGUGUGGGCACAGACACGAUUGCUCUGCCCGUGCCGACAUCAAUGCCGGGCAGCAUGCAGCUGCUCAUGAACCAGUGCUGGAACCGCACUCCGAGGAACAGGCCUCCCUUCAAGAUAAUUGCCGCUAACUUAGAAAUUGCCGGAGCGGAAUUAGCCAGCUAUCCUACGGAGUGCUUUAAGAAGAAUCAAAUCGAGUGGCGAAAAGAGGUGCAAGAUAGCAUGACUCGAUUCUUCACCAGAUCAAAAUCUGAGCCGAAAGAGGAGGCUGAAGACGAUCCUGAAUCAAACAAGCACGUCCGAAAAAUAUACGAGAACCAGUUGUGUCGAGCGAACGAGCUGUACUUAGAGGUGUGCACUGUCCGCUUGCAGCUUGAACAACGAGAAAAAGACGUGGAAGAGCGGGAGAUUGCUCUAAGGGCUUGCCGUUGCGGUGUUCGACGCAACUUGAAAUACCAUUACAAACCCUCUUCUUCUUCAUCCGAAUUAAUGGCUACCGAAUCUCGACGUAAAUUCGCCAAGAAAAAAGACGCACAAACUUUAAUAGUGCGAUAUGACGAGAGGAGGAAAACAAACAAGGCUGUGUCGGUAGCUGUGCCAGAGGAUAAGGUCCACAACGUCAUGGUCGAUGUCUCGUGCAUGUGUAGCGUGAUGUCUAUUGAGAAGAACAAUAAUCCCGUCCCCAAGAAGAAGGACACGAUUGUUGAGCAGAAUGGAAAUACUGAUAUUAAGCCCAAAGGUCAUCGGCGAACAGAUAACAAUUACAAAAUUCCAGACAUCGCUCAUGUUUAAACGGGUUUCAAUGAUGUAGUCGAGCCCAUUUCGCCCUGUGUAGACUUUAAAGAACAGAAUUUCAUUGCAAAGAAUCUCAUUAUCAUAAUGUAACAAAUAAACAUUAAAAAAGUGAUAAAUCUUAAGUGGAACUGCUUGAAACAUUUGAGCAAUACGGAGGUUCCAGGACAAUAUGUGUCUGUGUAUUAAGCAUACUCACUGGGAGAUAUUAUUGUGUAACAUGGACUUCUUUACAGGUUUCUGUGAUUCCCGGGAUACCAAGGAAUACAAAAAUGUCUGCACAAUUUUCUCUCUUACAGUUCGAUAUUGUAAUAAAAAGUAGUGGAGUUUAUUCGUUGGAUGGUUUAAAAUUCAUUAUAGUUGUGUGUCUAUUUAUUCAUUAUUAAUAGCGAACUCAUUGAAAUAUGUAUUGUAAAUCAAACAAAAAUACCAACUCAGUUACCAUGACAGUAGCAAAUAAAUGUCUCUUGCAGUUAAUAUUUAAUAUAAGAAGUUCAUUUUCAUCAUGAUUGGAAAUGCUUUACGCUAAAUGGAGAUCCCAGUCUCAUGAUGUAGGUAAGCGUCUCAUGAGCGAUUUUACUGUGUAAUAAGUCCCGAAGUCAUCGGUAAGUACACAUAAUGUCUGCUCAAUGUUGUCUUAAACUGUUUCAUCUCAAUAUUCAUAAACAUUCCACAAAAUUAUUAUAAUGAUCUUUACCUUAAUUUGUGUAGCGGACUGGAAGAGGCUCUGAAAUGCAUAGCAGAGGAAUUAUCUCGUAUAUAUUCUUGAUUUUAAAGUCCCGAUCACUGCGGUCAUUUAAUGUCUAGAGACUAACUGAAGACUUGUUGUCCAGGGACGUGAUAGCUUUAGCGGAUUCGCAUUGAAAAAUCGAAUCUCGCGUCAAAUUAUUGUUAUAUCUUUCAGUCCGCGUGUAGUUAAAAAUUGGUGUGUAUAGAAUUAAUUGUAAUAGAUUACAUAGCUGUGUAUUGUCUUUUAUUCUAAUUAGAACCAGUUUUUUUUUAUUUGCACCAAUAUUCUUUCAACUGCAACCAAUAUGUUGAACGACACAAGAAAAGAUUUACGUCUAUAUAGAAUAUACAUGUCCCGUUUCUCUCUAACUGGUUCAGUUUUCUCAGAAUUGUAUCAGAACUCAACAUAAAACGUCAAAUGCUUAAAACUUCAUCAUCAGUAAAAAAAUGUUUGAAAGUAUAAAAAUGUAAACCCUCAGACUGUAUGUUUUGCAUAGUGUACAAAAAUACACAAGUUUGUAAAAUUUACAAUGGUUUAUUGUGGGGUAAUCGACUUACUAUAUUGUCAAUAAUAUUGUGGUUUUCAUUAAUGUGAGUAAAUUAUUAACCUAUUUUUUUGAAUUUAACACAUCAUCACAAUAUGUAGAAAUAUUUUUACUUGUUCCACGCUACACGGAGAAGUCAGACUGAUUUAUUUGAAUUCAGUAAUAAUGGGCCACAUGAAACGUUCCCAGAUAAUAGUUAAAAUUAUUAUUAUCAAAAGAACUUGACAUACAUUUUAAAACAAACCGAAAUACAAUUUGCCUAGUUGGUAACCCUUUAAUAAUCUAAAAUUCAAUUUAUUUUAUUUCGAUGAUUAUGUUUUAUUAAUAUUAGAUAUAAUUUUUAAUUUAGCGAAUAAGUAGUAAUAAUUGGUCAAUUUAUUUUAUUUUUAUAUAAGUUUAACAGUUUUAGCCAGACUAAAACUUCUUGGACUUGAGUUUAAAAGACUUAAUUUUAUAAUUUUGUAAAUUCAAUCAAUUUAUUGUUUUGAGAAAACAUUGUACACCAAUGGCUGUCGCCAGUCGUCUAUAUUGACUCAACAAUACAUUGGUGUAAAAAGGUUUCUCCCGUCCAUGUCUUAGCUUUUUUACCCUGUUUUUGUAUAAAAAACGUAAUGGUAAUGACUAGUGAGAAGUAAUAUUUUUAUAACAUAUUUUUUGCUAAUCGUACCGCGCGCACUGGGGCAGGGCUACGUAACAAUAGCGUAAUCGCAAGAUUUUAAAAUCCAAACUGAUCAAAAAUUUCAAUUAAAGUGAUUUUGUAUUUGCUAGCAUAUUUUAUAAAUUCUAAAUUCGUAAUUUCUACAUUUGAAUAUACUGGCAGGAGUUUAAGAGUCACUUUUUAUAACUGUAACGUAAACUCCCCAGUGCACUUUAGCGGCGGAUCGGGUAGGAUUGAGAGUGAUAGGGAAAGAUAAAAGUAUUAUUAAAAUUUUAACGCCAUGCUUAGUACCCAUGGCUAUUAAUGAUGAUUAGAAACUAAACGGCUGUAUUUAAGAGCUUUUUUUCGCUCAUUUCUUUAGAAUAAAAAUUUUUAAAAGCGGUCAGUUCAACAGCUUCUGUUAGCUAAUUCCAUGAUUGUAGCUUCGAUUUAAAUUAUACAAAAAUACAUCUAAUGAUAUAAAAAUUGUAACUAAACAAAAUGGUUCGUAUAUUUUGAAACGUGGAGUCCGUCCCUGUUCUUUUGCGAUGUCAAGGAAGAGCUAUGCAGUCUACGGCAGCUAAACUUUUUAUCGCAAUAAAACAGUUACAACUUCCACCAUUUUGAUUAUAAAUUAAUACCCCGUCUGUUUUUCAAAUACCUGUUGAAGCCUAAUCGACCGCUUUAGAAUUAAAAUUAAAAUUGAAGUAAGAACGCGUUUGCUAACCUUUUGUAAAUAUAUUGUCACGCGAGCUAAUGGCAGAAGCAAAAAAUAUGUUACUUUAUUUAUUUUUCUUUUUUAUAUAUUUAUGGGUUCCGUGCUAUGAGUGAUUUAUUUUAAAUAUAUGCUCAAUAUUAGUUUUUAUAUUUUAUUUGAUAUUUACGGAAGUUGAGGGUCCAAAUUGAAGAUCUCAAAAUGGUUGCAUUUAUUUUUUCGUAUACUUUAUGAUUGUUUGUGAUUGUGCGGAACCCUUGGUGCGAGUUAAACUUGUGCUAUUGUGAUUGUUAUUUUUUUAUUUUUAACUAAUGUGGUGGUUGUGUUAAGCAAUGGAUUGGAGAGACCUGAUGUGAUUUUGAAACGUGUCGACCUGACAGGUCUGCUGUCGGGCAAGUCCUAAUGUAAACCAAAGAGCCAGUGUUAAUCCAGUCCAUCCGCUAUUACGAAUCACCAAUAAAUCCACGAAUUUUAUUAUUUAGGCUUCGUACUUCAUUAAACGAAUUGAAAGUAUAGACUGCACUUAGUCUGAAAAGUAUUUUUUACACUAUUUUACUAUUAACUUGUAAUCCUCUUACGACCUUUUGGCACUGUUCUAAAAUGCUCAACUUUGUCGAGCUAACAAUAACAUUUUGGUAACAAUAUCUUUAUAAAACAUUUUGACGGAUUUUAAAAACCGGAAUGCUUUUGAGUAAAACUUUUUAUUAUACCUCACGAUCACGAACUCGGUUCCUGACGGUUCAUGUCACUAUUUUGUGUAUGUAGGGUCACCUUGACAGUGCCAAUUUGUCAGUCUACGUCUAAGAAUCUUUUAGUACCUAUACCUCCUCUUAUAACUAAGCGUACAAUAAAUUUGAGGCAUUCGGCCCAAAUACUUAACAUAAAAAUAUUAACGAUAAAUACCAAACCACGUGAAACAAUCUAAAUUCUUAAAUUCUGAGAAUUAAAAUGUUUUUACUCAUCAUGAUUACAUUUCAUAAAUUAAAGUUAAAAUCUGACAUAUCGUUUUACGGCGAUGGCAAAAAUCCAAGUUUUUAACGCACUAGUUGAAGCCGGUGCGAGCUGGUUCCGUCCGGUUUUUGAUUGCGGUGAAAUUAACCCAACCUAAAAUUGUUCAGUGGUCGUCGUAAAUAUUUUUAUGGAACAGUAUUUGCAACAGAUGCAGAUAAUAAUAUGGUUGUAAAUCAUUUCGUUUGGAGGGUACCAUUUACCGACAUUCUUGUACAAUGACAACAUCAACGCAUAAUCUUCGUUCUAAUCAUUGGUACUCUCAAAUCCUUACUACCAGGGCUUUAUAAUUACAAGCUGUGUGUCCCAAAGUCACGUUUAUUUAAGUCACUGUGUUUUAUAGUUUAAUUAAAUAUAUUUUAUUAGUUAAGUACACCCUACAGCCCUGGUACUAACUAUUUAUUAUAGAUUAGCCUAAUUUUUGGUCUAGUCGAAUUAGUUGUAAGUGUAUUCGGAUAUGUAUAACUUGAUAAAUAAAUAAUGGUAUCAUUAA